CUGCUAAGUCUGUGGUCGUGUCGGGUCGCGUCUGUUUCCUUCAGUGCUUCAGAAUCAGUACGUGCUUCCACAUUUUUGUUUUAAAAUUUUUAUUGGAUUUAUUCAUGUUAAAAAAACGGGUAAUGGCAAUGUCUUUGUUGGCCAAUUCAAUUGAAAUUCCUGAUAAAAUACUGGAAAUAAAUUUGACAGAAAAUGACAUAUUUUACAACGUUGCCAUCACCCACAAGUGUAAGUACCGAACACUUGAAUAAGGAAAAAUAAAAAAACAAAACAACAAACAGACAAAACGCAAGUAAUGUGAUAAAUCUAGACGACUCUGCCCUAGCGAUUGCCCUAGCGAUUGCCAAAAAAUGUGGCACGAAGGAUGGUGGACAGCUGCUGCUACAUACAAGGGGAAGGACAUUGAAUUUGGCGGAGGUUAGCGAUCUGGGUGGAGAAAGACUCAGUGCAGUCUGUGCCGUGUCCCGUGUCGAGUUCGGAACGAAACGUGCUCCCGUCACUAAAAGGUGAGCCUGACUACACACUCGAGGGGUCUUUGCGGUGCCGACACGCGAAACGAAAUCACGACGACCUGCUCAGCUUUUUCCGUACAGUUGAAGCUCUGCGAAUCGACGACAACGACGCGAAAACGAUACACUCGCCCCUCUUGUGUCAUCGAGACAUUUUUGCUGCGACUCUUUCCUCAAAAUGACUUCGACUGCUGCUGCUGCUGUCAGUAAAAAAGAUACCCGAUUUGCCCCAACUCCCGCCGGCAACCAACAGUUCUUUAGGCGAGAACGCAGCUUUGUCCUCCAACGACCUUCUCAGAAUGUGCCAACGGGAAAUAAUUUUCAGCAACGAGAGCGGAGUUUCAUUCGUGAUGGAAAUCGCUCAGGUGGCGGCAGCUCAUCAAAUGCUUUCCCGAAUUCCGUGGGAAGCAACAGUGGUAAAACACGCGGUGGCUCUUAUCAUAAUGGGAACAAUGGGCCAGCAGCACCGGCAUCUGCAGCCGCCGGGAGGGGCAGCAAACCGAAUAUGGAAAUCUAUCGGCCUCCAAGUAUGCGGAGUGGUGAAGUUCCAGCUGGUGGACGGGGGCAAUUCCCUCAGAACUCUACCGAUCAUCAGCCCCCACGUCUUACCAAAAGUCGAACUUCACUGGAACUCAAUAAUAAUAGCACCAGGGCAGCUAAUAAUAAAGUAGCACAGCAGGGCGCUGCAGCUGCUACCGUUACUUCAAUCACGAUACAAAAGCAACCGGUUAACGAGGCGACCGCAUCACCGGCGGGUCAGUUCGUCCUCCAAAGAUCCAAAAGUAGUGGAUCCCAUCUUACUCUGCAACAGCAAAAAGUGCCCGUACCGACUCCAGCGUCAACUAAUGCAACGCCCAAAGUCGGCAAUUCGGAAUUACCUGAUGUCAGCUCAUUUCCUGAGGCAGCUCAAAUUCUACUCAGGAAAAUCGCUGUCGAUCCAGACGGAGCCAAUAGCCGCUCUGUGAUGGAGGCUGUCAAGACCUUAUUCAAUCGAGUGAUUGAAUCAUCUCGUUAUGCGUCUUCGAUAGCUCGUUACUGCUCAUACGUCAUAGAGAAAGAAACUAAAGAAACUUUCCGCGAGAGCUUGCUCAAUACGUGUCAAGAAUCGUUCCAGGAACGUGACCGAAUCUUGAGAUCGGCAGGGGAAUCAUCCCAACGUUGGGUGGCCUUCAUUAAUUUCUUGAACGAAAUGUAUUUACAGCUGAAGCGACGCAAUUUCAACUCUAAAAUAAAAACUAGUUCAACGAGACCGUCUCCCGAUUUGAUUCUACUCUCUCUAUUGGCCGAGAGCUGCUGUGCUACACUCAGACAGCCAUCAUCGCAAUCUCUUCAAGAGCUGGAAUGUUUGUUUUUCGUUCUGACUGGCAUCGGUCGUGACGUCGAAACGGAGCUUCCUACUAAGAUGUUUGCCAUAUGGAACGCCAUUCGUGAUGCGUUUCUCGAGAUGAACGCAUUGCCUGGAGCAGCUCAACGCACUUUGCUGCAGUUGGUGGAACUGAGAGCGGCUAAAUGGCAACUACCUGCCACGGCAGUCACGUACUAUUAUCCAUCCGUCUCGGGAUCUGCCUAUUGAUGCGUUUUUAUUUGCCAUCACUGUGAUUACCACACAAAAAUAGAUCCCAUAAUGUUUUUCUUUCCCUUUAAUUACUUUUAAUUGGAUUUUGUCAACGUUUCUGUAUGAUCUAACUUUUCUCUUAGCAAUAAUGAUAUGUUCGUCUACUCGUCGUUUUGGUAUGAGAAUAAAAAUCAAGUCAUACUUA